ACUACCAGUCUACCACCACCACCACCUAGACUGCUCCUAACCUCUCUCCCUUCCCUUUCAUCCCCGAAGAGUCUAGAAGAGAGAGAGAUGAAUGGUGCUGUGGUGGGGUUGGGGGAGACGGCCAAGGGCAGCGGCGGCGGCGGCGGCGGAGGAGAGGUGACGCUGGAGACGCUGAGGAGGAAGAUGUCGGAGUUCGCCAGGGAGAGGGAUUGGGAGCAGUUCCACAGCCCCAGGAACCUUCUCCUCGCUCUGGUGGGUGAGGUGGGGGAGCUCUCGGAGGUCUUCCAGUGGAAGGGGGAGGUGCCCAAGGGGCUCCCUGGGUGGGGGGAGAGGGAGGUGGAGCACCUAGGCGAGGAGCUCGCCGAUGUGCUCCUCUACCUCAUCCGCCUCUCUGACAUGUGCGAUGUCGACCUUGGCAAGGCAGCGCUGCGUAAGAUGGAGCUCAAUGCGCGCAAAUACCCCAUCGGGCAGUGCAGGGGAUCCUCCAAGAAGCACACCCACUACUCCACCACCACCACCACCACCGACAACGGUGCUUCCGGUGAUGACAACAACCGCAAUGCUGGUGCCGGUGCCGAUGCCGAUGCCGGCAAGGAACAGUGCUAGCAAUGGCUCCUCAGACAGUUUUAGCAGCCUGGCUCUGGUCUUUGGUCUUGUUCAUCACACCAUAGGAUGUGUGUUGAAACAGUAUUCUAGUAGAGUGAAAUGAAACCGUCCUGUUCUCUCUACUGAGUUUGAUUUCUUGAAGAAACUUAGCUCAAAUCCUUUGUAUUGGGCUACAAACAUGCUCUGAUAGCUAUGGCAAUAUGAUCAUUAAUAUCUCAUUGAAUCGGUAUGCUGA